AUGUGGAAAGGCAGGGGAGAGAUCCUCCAGAACCAACUUGACUGGUCCUUCGACAGAUUGGACUUCUACUGGGGAAUACAGCUUCCGGAGGUGCCCUUCAUCCUUGGAAUCUUUGCCCUUAGGAGGUGGGGGCUGUACAGUCUUGAUAAUGAGGGAUAUUGUACCGAGACCUCCCGUAUUUCUUCCUGCAACAGGGUCCUUACUCCUCAGAUAAACUCGAUCAAUGGAGCCAUAAUUGGACCAAAGGCUGAUAUGGAGGAGACUAAGGACGAAAUGUCCGUGUUCGAAACCGCCUUUGGCAUCUCUGUAGAUCUCAAAGCUCAGAAACAGUCGGCCAGUGAUGGAUCGUUCAUAUUUCCGAUCCGAAACAUACCUACUGAUUGA